AAAAAAUUGCUGAAUCCCUCAUGGAAAUACAUAGCCCAUCAUUUAUUAAAAAAUUACAGAGGUGCCAUUGCGGUGGGCAAUCGUUUCUUGUCCCUCCUCACGCUUCAACCCUACCGUUCUGAAACCCUGUCCACCUCUUGAAGAGCUCGCUUCCGUUCUGAUUCCGGCUGAAAUACGAAGAGAAAAUGGUUCGGAGCUUGAAGAAUCCGAAGAAAGCAAAGAGGAAGAACAAGGAAUCGAAAAGGGGAGAUGGUUCCUCGUCUUCAUCGGUGCCGUCGAUGCCUGCGGAGGUGUGGCAGCCCGGAGUGGAUAAGUUGGAGGAAGGAGAAGAGCUUCAGUGUGACCUUUCUGCUUACAAUGCUCUCCACGCUUUCUCUAUAGGCUGGCCCUGCCUCAGUUUUGAUGUAGUUCGUGAUUCAUUGGGACUGGUGCGGACUGAGUUUCCGCAUACUGCAUAUUUUGUUGCGGGGACUCAGGCGGAGAAACCUUCAUACAACUCAAUUGGGAUAUUUAAGAUAACCAACAUCAGUGGUAAAAGACGUGAAUUAGUGCCAUCUAAAUCGGCCGCAGACAAGUCUGAUAUGGAGAGUGAUAGCAGUGACAGUGAUGAAGAUAGUGAUGAUGAGCUCGGUGGAUCUGGUUUGCCACAUUUGCAGCUGCGCAAGGCAUCUCAUGAAGGAUGUGUUAACCGUAUACGAGCCAUGUCGCAGAAUCCUCAUAUAUGUGCAUCCUGGGCAGAUACCGGUCAUGUGCAGAUUUGGGACUUCAGCUCCCAUUUGAAUGCAUUGGCUGAAUCGGAAACAGAAGGUAGUCAGGGAUCUUCAUCAGUUUUCAAUCAGGCUCCAUUGCUUAAGUUAGGUGGUCACAAAGACGAAGGCUAUGCUAUAGACUGGAGUCCGCUUGUUCCAGGGAGGCUGAUAUCAGGUGACUGCAAGAGUUGCAUUCAUUUGUGGGAACCAACAUCUGGCUCGACAUGGAAUGUUGAUUCAACUCCUUUUCGUGGACAUUCUGCAAGUGUGGAAGACCUACAGUGGAGCCCCACGGAGCCAAAUGUAUUUGCCUCAUGUUCUGUGGAUGGAAACAUCGCGAUAUGGGAUAUUAAGCAGAAAUCGCCAGUUGUGUCCUUCAAGGCUCAUAAUGCGGAUGUAAAUGUCAUCUCAUGGAACAGGCUUGCUAGCUGUAUGUUGGCAUCAGGAAGUGAUGAUGGAUCGUUUUCUAUUCGUGAUCUUAGAAUGCUCAAGGAAGGUGAUUCGGUGGUGGCGCAUUUUGAAUAUCACAAACACCCAGUUACCUCAAUUGAGUGGAGCCCGCAUGAAGCAUCAACUCUGGCAGUGUCAUCAGCAGACAAUCAGCUGACAAUAUGGGAUCUUUCGCUGGAGAAGGAUGAGGAAGAGGAGGCAGAGUUCCGAGCCAAGACCAAAGAGCAGGUCAAUGCCCCAGAAAAUUUGCCUCCGCAACUGCUCUUCAUUCACCAGGGGCAAAAAGACUUGAAGGAACUUCACUGGCACACUCAGAUACCUGGGAUGAUAGUCUCCACAGCACUUGAUGGUUUCAACAUCUUAAUGCCCUCAAACAUACAGACGACUCUUCCCUCAGAUGGUUCUUAGAAGUUGUGGUUGGUGUUGGUGGACCGUCCUUAUACAUAUCCCGGGUGGACCUUGCACUUGAUGUCCCAGUUUGGACUUAAAUGUAAUCCCCCAACCCAUAUAAUACGAUGUCCAUCCAAUUUUUGAUCAUGUCUUUGAGUUAAAUGUAUCGGAUUCACAUGAAUUAUUUCUUUAUUUCUUCUAGUAAGGUCUAGUCGAUUGUGUACAAUCUGAUGUUCAUCCAUUUUUUUAUCGUGUUCUCGAGUUAACUGUAUCGGUUCAUAUGAAUUAUUUCUUUGUUUCUUCUAGUAAGGCAGCUCAUUCAAUUGUUA